CGGGGCUAGGCGCCUAAACGAUGCACCGCAACGGCGGGGAGAGGGACUUCCAGACCUCGGCCCGAAGGAUGGGGACCUCGCUCCUUUUCCAGCUGUCCGCUCACGAGAGGGAGCUGGACCUGGUGUUCCUGGACCACAGCUAUGCCAAGCCCUGGAACGCGCAUCCGGACGCCAGCAGCGCGCGGCCUACCCGCAUGCUUUUUGUCACCCCGCGGCGGCAGGCAGAACCUUCCGUCGAGUCGGACGUGUCCGUCGACGUGGAAACGGUCACGCCCACCCCCAUGCCACUCUAUGACAACCAGAAGGCUCGCAGCGUGAUGAACGAGUGCGAACGACAUGUCCUGUUCGCCCGCACCGUCGCCGACGGUCCUCUGCCCCCCGACGACUGGGAAGAACACGUCAACAAGACUGGGUGGACCAUGGCACAAAAUAAGCUCUUCAACAAAGUGCUGAAGGCCCUGCAGACUGAGAGGCUGGCGAGGCUGGCCAAUGAAAGCAUGUGUAACGAGCCGGUCCUGCGCCGAAUUGCAGUCGACAAGUGUGCCCGCAAGGUGCGCCGCGCUCUGGCCAGCGUGAACUGGGAUGCCAAGCUGUCCCAGUGGCUCCACAGCACGCUGGUGGAGUCCCUGAGCUUGGCCAUGCUGGCUGCCUACCUGGACGUGUUGCAGACUCUGAAAAGCAAGGUGCCGUCUCUGAUCGAGAGGAUGCUGCCGGCGUCGUCCACCAAGUCGGGCGCGGCGGGGGCCGAGGCACUGUCGCUGCUCCUGAAACGGCCGUGGGACCCGGCUGUGGGUGUGCUGUCCCAGAACAAACCCAGCAAACUUCCAGGUUCCCCUUUGAUCCUGAUUUGUCCAUCGGGACCAACUCUGCCCACCUUGUCAACCUCCCGACGAAUGAGAUUCUGGCAGUCACAGCUCUCGUGCCUGGGAAAGGUCAUCCCCGUCAGCUCCCACGUGGGCAGUGCUGCUAACGUGGGCAUCUCUCAGUGCCUGGAGCACAUUGUCGGCACAGUCCGGGGAAAGGUCAUCGAGGUGCACAGUCACUUCCCGCACAAGCCCAUUGUACUGGUCGGCUGGAACGUGGGAGCGCUGAUCGCCUGUCAGGUCUCCCUGAUGGAGUAUGUGACGGCCGUGGUGUGUCUGGGCUUCCCGCUGCAGACCGUCAGCGGACCCAGAGGGGACGUGGACGACCCCCUGCUGGACAUGAGGACCCCAGUGCUGUUUGUGGUGGGCCAGAACGCGCUGCAGUGCGGCACAGAGAGCAUGGAGGAGUUCAGGGAGAAGAUCCGCGCAGACAACAGCAUGGUGGUCAUUGGAGGGGCAGAUGACAAUCUCCGGAUUGGCUCCUCAAAGAUGAAGGCAGAAGGUCUGACCCAGACCAUGGUGGACCGCUGCAUACAGGAUGAGAUCGUGGACUUCCUCACAGGCAUCCUGACCCGAGCCGAGAGCCCCAGCCACGCCUCUGGGGAGACGCGCGACCUUGACACCGAAAAGAAGAAGAAGCCUCGCCGGGAGCUGCCCUUUGACACGGAGAGAUCACGACCCUCUUCACCCGCCAUCAGGGUCCCCAUCUCCCCACCGGGGUCAGAGGACAUGUCCAGCGUGUGCAGCAGUCCCGCAGCCAGUCCGAAGCCCAAGGCCACUGGUCUGUCUCCAGCACAGAAGUCCAGCCUCAUCACCGCCACCCAGCUACUCAAGACCCACAUGCAACGAAGCGGAACCAUGCUCACGCACAAACAGGCGCAAGCUCAGUUUGCCGCCUUCAUGAAACACAACAUGCUGGUGAGGAAGAGCAUUCCUCCUGGCACUCCUACCUGUCUCUUCGUGCCUGUGGCGGGCGAGCAGGCGGACGGCCCAGAGAGGGACGACCUGCGGCUGCACGCGAAGCGGCGCCAGACGCCCAGCCCCACGCCCGGCAAGCCCUCCAAACGUGCCAAGAUCAAAGUGACCAUCCUCGCCCACGGCGACGCCUCGGGCGCUGCCGCCGCCCAAGAAGUGGGAGCACCUGGGAAGGCGCUCACUGUCACCAUGAGCCAAGCAGUGUCUGGGGCCACUGAGCUGUCAGGGCUUCUGACUCAGAGGUCUGGUGCUCUGACAGAUGUGGCGGGAGGCCUGGGCUCCGCCGGAGGUUCUUUCCACAGCCUGCAGGGCAGCGCUGUGUCUGGCUCCUCUCCAGUACAGGUCCAGGCCCCUGCUGCUCAAGCUCCAUCAGCUAGUAGCCUAUUGCAGGGUCUGAGUUUCAGUCUGCAGGAGAUCAGCACCAAAUCCCCAGGUCUGCCCUCCAGCACCCAGGCUCCUGUAGGAAAAGCACAGGCUCACGGGCAGGUGCUGACCUCGCUCAGUCCAGCAGGGGGCACUCUGAUGCGCGCGGUCCCAGUUGUCUCUGCCGGCUCUGGGGUCACCAAAACCACAGCCAUCCAACAGCUCCUCGCCAACGGUGGACUGGCCAAACUAGCCAAUAGCUUUCCGGGACUGACCCACGUAUCCAAUCCGAGCGCGGCAGGGCUGAAAGCCCCAACGACGAUCACGGUGACUUUGAGAGCACAGCCGAGCAGACUUCCUGCUCUGUGCCAGGCAGGAGCUGUGCUGCCCCCACCCAGUGCACCUGACAACCAGUGACCAGAGUUCCAUGGGAACAGCCGUGUGGUCUAACAUCAGCACGGCUGAGGUUCCUCUGAGACAGAGUAGACGCUUUGCUGUGGAAGACGACUGCACUGACUCGCCUGUCUACCUGCCUUACUACUGAGGAGUUGUUUGACCCCAAUAAAGAAUUAUGGACCACAUUUUUUUUAA